AAAAACAGAGAGAGAGAUUCCUCAACGAGGAGAGGAGCAGGCAAAAGAAACAGAGAGAAGAGAUGAGAAGAGAGAGAUGGUAGUCUAAUACAGUCCCUGAUUUUAUUUUUUCUCUUUCUUUAUUGCCUACACAAAGGUCAGCCACAGCCACAGCCACAGCCGCAGCCGCAGCAAAACCCUACUCACAAGAGAAUAAGCACAGCACUACCCCCUUUGACAUGUAGAUUUGUGUAGUCCCUCUCUCUCUCUCGUUCCUUGCUUUUCUUUUACUCAACCAGCGGUACGUGUGUGUUCGCUUUCUUUUUAUGAUUAAAGUGCCCCGCCUCACAUGUUUUCUUUUUCCAGAAAAUAAAUGUAAAGAUAGAUUAACCAUUUACAUUCAUGUGAAAAUGUUGUGCUUUUCAAUCCCACACUCAACAUGUAUUAAAAAAAUCAGAAAUAAAACCAAGAAUUUCUCCAAAAACGAGGCUAAUCGGAAGCUAAAUAUCGAAUCUUUUUUUCCUUGUUAACUCGGCCAAAACUUUAGGAACUCCGUCCGCCCCGCAUGUGCAGACACCAACACCAUGUCGUAACCAGCUACUAGUUAAGAGCUUAGACCUUGUUUGGAUCUAGCAAUUGAUAGGAGGAGGAAUGGGAUGGCCCAAAGUGCGUAUCCUAUGUAACUCGUGUUUAGAUUUGGUAAAAGAGUCAACUGGCUCGUGUGGGCUUUGGUACUUUGCCUUCUCCACUUUAGUUUUCUCUCUAUAGUGUCAACGCUCAUAAACCAACAAAAAGUAAACAAGCUACCGCUGCUCUCUGUUACCCAAGGGAGGAAGCUUCCCACUAGCCUUCCUCCACUCCUCUCCUCUACUUGGCCUUGCUUUUUUGCCCUUUUUGUUUGUUUGAUUGUCAUUGUCUCCACUUCUUUAAAUUCCACACAAGUAAUAAAGACCCACCAAAGCACUAGUAUACAACAUACAUACCUCUGCUGCUUUGCUUGUAUCCCUCUUUAUCUAUAAUCUCAAAGACAAGGCCUUCCUCCAAUCGGGUAGCAACAUCAAGAAGUUGUUAUUUGCAAAGUUUCAAUCAAUGGAGCACAAUGAUAACUGGGCUUCGAGAGCAAGUCGGAAGAGAAAGCUGGAAGCACAAGAUAAAGGGAUGCUCAGCUUGUCUAUGGAUGAGCUCAAUGAAGACCUUCUUGAAAGGGUUCUUUCCUGGCUACCAACCUCUGCAUUUUUUCGUGCUGCUUCAGUGUGCAAGAGAUGGAAAUCAGUUUCAGAUUCUGCAAGUUUCAAGCUUGCCUGCUCUGAGAUUCCUUCUCGAGAGCCAUGGUUUCUCAUGGUGGAUCCCCAUCUUAACCAGUCAACCAUCUUUGACUCUGCUGAUAGAAGUUGGAAAAAACUCAACUAUCCUCCGCUGCUCAAGCAAAGCUCUAACUGUGAUUCCAUUCCUGUUGCAGCAUCUGGUGGCUUAGUCUGCUUCCACAUGGGAGCGUGCAAUUUCAUCGUAUGCAAUCCUGUGACAGGAUCCUGUCGUGAGCUCCCUCCAGUGCAUGCAGCCCAAGAAACUCACUCUCUUCUUGCUGUAGCAAUGAAUGCACAGAAUAAUCAGUCCUAUAAACUUGUAUUGGUCUCUGGUGAGCUACCAAAACUUUCAUGCAAAGUCUAUAAUUCAAGCACUGGUUGCUGGGGAGAAGAGAUCUUUUUGAGAAGAAAGGUUGACGAGUCUCAGGAAUUUGAUUCAAACGACGACAAUGCUGUGUAUUUCCUUAGUAAGGCUGGAAACGUCGUGGCAACUGACAUGCAGAGGAGCCCAUCUAAGCAAUACUCAUCAGUUAUAACUGUUAAGGACGGAGAGGAGAUUGUUUAUUUCCUCAGCUCCUCAGGUACGAUUGUGUCUUGCAAUCUGACCACCAAGUGCUUCUCUGAGUAUCCAAGGCUAUUGCCUGUCUUCUGUGAAUACUCCAUCGACGUGGUGGAGUGUAAAGGAGAGAUGCUAGUUGUUGUGUUAUCAGAAUUUUUUGAAAGCGCAAACCUCAGAAUCUGGAGGUUUGAUGAGAGCAUUCGAUCUUGGAAUCAGAUUGUAGCAAUGCCUCCAGCAAUGUCACACGAGUUUUACGGCAAGAAGGUGGAUAUAAACUGUGUUGGAGCCGGUGACCAGAUAUUUAUCUGCUUAAACUCUGCCGAGUUUUUCCGUUAUGUUGUGUGUGAUUUGAGAACCAAUGAGUGGAUUGAGUUACCAAAAUGUUUUAAGAAUGGUGAAGCCGUAGAGUUCAUGUCUGCCUUCUCUUUUGAGCCAAGGAUUGAAGCUUCUGUCUAAGAACAAAAUUAUUGACCUUCUAGGAGAAAUGUGUUAGGGAUUGACACUGCCAUCAUCAUCAUUAUUAGUUAACUCUUCAUCAUGCUUGUUUCUUUUCUCUGUUGUACUUGUUGUCUAAAUUAUUUUGACAAAACUUAGCCACUGUAGCUUUACUCAGUGAUAACAAGAAGUGGGACUAAUAUGUUCUUCCC